GCAGGCACGAGCAGGUGAUAGUAACCAAGGUAAACAACAACAAAUUCGAAUCAUUUUUAACAUUUUAACAAGUGAUUUUAGUGGUUUAUAACAAUAAUAGACUUUUAAUUUACAUCAAAAGUGAUGUAUUAAAAAUAUAGAAAGUUUCAUUUAUGACAAACAAUUUAUUUCUUUCUCGAAAGUUAUACUUGGGAAUUAGAAAUCUAAACUAUAAGUUUUCCGGUACUCGGUAUUUUCAAAAUAAUAAGUACGCACGUAAAACUUUAAAUAAAAAAUGCUUUUAGUAGUCUGUCAAUAAAUUUUAAAUAUGGAAAAAAACAGGAAAACUUUAAAGCAUUCGACACAAUCUCAAUCGAUAUCAAGUAACGAUUUGACGGCUCGUAAUAAAAAAUAUGCCUUAUGGAAAAAUUCUAAAAUAUCUCUGAACCGUGAGAUAAGAAGUAAAAAUGUAAAUAUCAGUGAACAAUCUACAAGUCCGCAAAAUUCUCAACAAAAUGAGUCAAAUUUACAAGUGCAAUCUAAGUUCAAUAAAUCUACAGAUCGAGGAGAAAAAAGUGACAGUGUAUCAAUAGUAUCAACAAAUAAUACUGAAAGGGAAAUUGCUGAAACGCUUUAUUUACUGAAAAAGGAAAUUAGCGAGUGGAAAGCACGCGACAGUUCGAGAAGUAGACUGGAAGAUUCUGAAAAGUUAAUAAUCAGCUCUGAUGAAGAGAAAGACAAGAAAAAGUUUGAUGAAAUUAAUAGUCAACCUGAAGGAAUUGAAGCAUUAUGCCUUGAAUUGGAUAAAAUUCGGACUUCCGGCAGUGCAAUAAUUAGCACAUUUCGGCAUCAGUGUGAUUCCGAAAGAUUUAAAGAUACUGAAGACGAGGAUAAACAUCAUCACAAACCUUCUGUACUGCCAAAAGAAUUAAAAGCUCACGAAGAAUCUAAUGAAAGAGAAGAAGCAGCAAUGGAAACAAUACCUACCUUUGAAUAUUCAUUUAUUAAUAAACCUACAUUACUCAAAGAAACCAAUAAUCAAGAUAUUCUAUUCUCCGAGAAAGGAACUUCGCAAAAAAAUUUAUCUCUCAGUCCACAAACGACACAGUUGUUGAGUAACGUUGAAACGCUACUACAAAAUGCUCAGAAACAAUUGUCCGAGAUUAAGGAUAAUAUUUCAUUUCACAAGAAAAAUCCUGAACUAUCCAAUGCUCAACCAACAAUCGAUGAGGAUCUACUGCGACUUCGACAAAUUGUUGCCAUUAAAUUUCACGAAGCAAACAACAAACAAUCAAAAAUGUUCAAAGAUCAUUCAAAUUUUUCCACAUUUUCUCAAGUGCAAGAAAAUAAUACAAUUAAAGCACCAAGAUUAUUAAGACUCAUGACUAUGCUACCGGAAAAAUGUCAUUCAAACCUAAAAGCCACCGAAUGCUGUAAAAACAAAUCACAUUAUUUAAUGAACAGAAUGACACAUUAUUCUCAAUUUUCUCAUUCUUGUAAUAAAGCUGACAUCGUAUCUGAUGAAAAUAAAGCCAUUCAAACUGACGCUAAAGAAAUUGAGGCAGAAUCUCCAAAUUUUCAAAUACAAACCGGUCCAAACGUAAUUAUAAAAAGAAGUCUACAAGUUCAAAAUCUCGAUCACUUUCACGUCUCACCAGAAUCAUCAUGUCAAGAAACAAGAAAUGUUGGACUCUACAAUUUUCAACAUCAUUCAGAGCAAAUUGGAGAAAAAUGUACUAAACAAACUUAUCAAAGUGAUGGUGAAAAUUCAGAGAAGAAACAAAUUUUUAAAAAGACAGUUGUACUAAAAAUUCCCGAAGACACGAGAAGAGGGACCUCCAAUGUAACUACCAAAGGGAAUAAUUUGAAAGAAACUAAUAAUGCUAUAAUCACCGAAUCACACACUUCCAAUGAAUCUGCUCUACAUCCAAAAAUAUCAAAAGAGUGCAAUACAAAUCUUCCAUAUUCAAGUAAUCUUGAAAAUUCCCCAAAGAAUCCGAAAGAGAAGGAAUUUUAUAAGGAUGACAUUUCUCAAAUGGAGAAUUCAGCUGGAAACAAAAAUAAGCCAACGAUUAUUGCCAACGAGAAAGUUAAUUUUCAAUAUAGAGAUAUUUUCAAAAGACAACAACCAAAGAGUCUAAUUCCAAAGUUGUCGAUUGUUGGGGAGAAAUUAUCGCAAGAAAAUACCACAAUUGAUCGUAUUAGUUUGGAAAAACUCUCCCUUCUUGAUUUGAAUACGAUCAUAAAAAGGAAUAAUGAGACGAUUGAGAAUGUUAUUCAAACAACGGAUUUGUUUCUAAAGAGUAUGUCACCAAAAAUCGAAAUUCGAGAUGUUGACUACAUCAAUGAAGCCAGUGAUAAAUUCGUCAGGAAUGGGAAUAAGGAAGACGGCAGUAAAAAAAUUAAUCAGGAACUUUCUUUGGAAAUUUUCAAGUCCCCCAUUCAACAGUUAGAAUCAAUCAAGUCCACGCUCGUUGAAAAUUUUCCCGAAAUCUAUUUCUCCGAAAAGGAGAAUGAAUUAAUUCCUGAGAAUAGAAAACAGCUCGAAGUGAGUAAGACUUUUAACAUUUCUCCCAAAUCCGAAACAGUCACUAAUAGUCAAAGUAUAAAUUUAUCGCAAAUAAGCCUCAGUCUGAUGUCCUCGACGAAGAAUAUGAUUUUCCAAAAUCUACUACCAUCGACAGUCACAAAGUCAUCAAAAGAUGCCUCAAAAGACGAAACCCUGAAUGAUCUUAAAGAUUUGAGUGUGGAAAUAUUUUCCGACAAAGCGGAAAGGUUUUUCCCACCGAAGAGUUCGGAAAAAACUGAUGAUGAUGAUGAAAAAACUGAUGAUGAAAAAACUGAUGAUGAAAAAACUGAUGAUAAAAAAACUGAUGAUGAAAAAAUUGAUGAUAAAAAAACUGAUGAUGAAAAAGAGUACGAAAUUCUGGAGAAACUAGAUAAACUGAAUGUUUCUGAUCCAAACGAUAAAUUUCGGCAAAGUCUUCAAGAAUCUCCAGAGAGGGAAAAAACCUCAAAAAUUUUCUCCAAGGCAAAUAAAAAUGAAACUUUCCACUUCGAACUUUCGGCAAAAGAUGAAGUAAUUGUUGAUGGAAUCUCCAAGUUAGAAAAAGACGACGAAGAAAUACAACUAGAAGAAAUAAAGAUUCUCGACAAACAGGAUACAAGUUUUUUUCCACAAAAUUUAAAUACUUUAUUUGUCGAUAAAGAUGAUAAAGACAACAUUAAAGAAGAACAGAAACAAAGAAGCAAAGAAGCAGAGAAUCAAAGUAAGGAAAUAGUUUUAAAAGCAGAGUUUCUAGAAACAGAGAAAUUGAACCAAAUGAAAAGUCCCACGCCAAAUAGUUACGAGCAAGAAACAUCUCAGGACAACUAUUCUCAAAAUUUUACCGAAAUUUCAACUACUUCGAAGCAAUACAAGAGUCUCGAAAGUCAUGUUUCGUUGAAAUUAUCCAAUUCAUUUAUGUCUAAAGGAGAAAAUUCGGGCAAGAAGGAGACAAGUGUUGAAUUCGGAAUUCAACGGAAAUUGAAUAGUUUAUUGGACAUGGAGAAGCAAAUUUCACAGAGUAUUGAAGAAUCGUUAAAAAUGGAAUCGAAAAAAAGUGAUUCGCAAAGUAGCUUGAAGAGGAAAUCUUUAACACGAGCUGAAACUUUUAUAAUUAAGAAAUCGAAUUUGGAUAACAAAGAGGAAGGUGGAAAAUCUCAGGAAGGAAAUAAAUUAAAAAAGCCAUUAAAGAUUUCUGAAAGGAGUAGAAAAAUUGAUGAUUUAUCUUCUGAAACAUAUUCAGAGGGAGAAAUUAAUUGGCCUAGUUCUUCGUCUUAUUCAUUGGGGGAAAUAAGAGGAUCGCAAGGAGAGAAAAUUAGUUUGAAAAUCAAAAAUCGAAAGCAAAAUUCAAGCAGCAGUACUGUUCUUAGUAACUCUGCGUCGCGUAGUCUUGGAGAGUUUUCUUCUUUGAAAUGAAGAAAAAAUAUUUUCAUCUGUAAAGAAUUAAGUUGAUUGUAAAAUACUCGUCGUUACAAUUUUUAUUUUGUACGCACGUACGUUUUUAGAUAUAAGUUGUUACAGUAAAAUUAAUGUUGAAAUUUAAUUGUUCAUAAAAAAUUAUGUGGAACCGAAA